AUGGUGCUGGAGCCCCGGCUGACCGAGGAGGCUGGCCAACAUGGACAGGAGGGGGACCAGCUCGAUGUCAAUACCACUCCUGACCAAGAUGCGGUAGGCGGAAACCCCAUUCAGCCUCUCGACACAGACAAAGAGGCAGGAGCGCCUGGCGAUGAUGCAUCGCUGGAGCGCACCCGGUCCAUUGCCUCGACGCUUUCACUUCCUCGAGAGAUCCUCUUCGUGGGCAUCAUCUGUCUGGCGCAGUUCACCACGCAGGUCGGUCUCGGACAGACGCUGUUCAUCCUGCCCGUCAUAGGCCGCAGCUUCCACAUCACCGACCCAAGCCAACUGAGUUGGUUGAUCGCCGGCUACAGCUUGACCGUCGGCACUUUCAUCGUCAUCAGCGGGCGGCUGGGCGACAUCUUUGGAUACAAGCGAAUGCUCAUGGUUGGCUUCAGUUGGUAUGCCAUCUGGUCCAUGGUCGCCGGGUUGAGUGUGUACUCGAAUCAUGUCCUGUUCGUCUUUGCCCGCGUCUUGCAAGGGAUUGGACCGGCCAUCACGCUCCCCAACGGCGUCGCUCUGCUGGGGUCAACCUACCCUCCAGGGCCGAGGAAGGACAUGGUAUUUGCACUCUUCGGUGCUUGUGCGCCAGGUGGUUCAAUCGUCGGCGGUGCCUUUGCGGGCGUAUUCGCCCUGACCUGGUGGCCAUGGGCGUUCUUCAGUCUGGCCAUCACUCUCGUAGUUAUUGUGGUCCUUGCGAGUCUUAUCAUUCCUGAUCCUCCCAAGAAACCAGAGUACAAGGCUCACUCCAUGCGAGACAAGCUCGAGCUGCUUGAUCUGCCCGGGGCCGUUGUUGGCAUCACAGCUCUCGUCCUCUUCAACUUUGCGUGGAACCAGGCCCCGAUCGUGGGCUGGCAAAAGGCUUACGUCUAUGUGACCAUGAUAUUGGGCCUUUUGUUGAUGCCGUUAUUCUUCUACAUUGAGUUUCGAGUCUCGCCAUCUCCACUGGUCCCCUUCGAAGCCCUCACUGUCGAGGUCGGGUUUGUGCUUGCAUGUAUCGUAUGCGGGUGGUCAUCAUUUGGCAUCUGGGUCUUCUAUCUGGUCAGUUUUCUAGAACAUCUACGCGGAGCAUCUCCGCUGCUCGCCGUCGCCUACAUGAGCCCUGUGGCCGUCUCAGGCGCUCUCGCCUCGGUGUGCACCGGUCUCAUCCUCUCCAGGAUGCGCGCUGCCUGGGUCAUGGUGAUAGCUCUGGCGGCCUUCACGGUCGGACAGAUCCUGGUUGCCACAGUGCCCGUGGAUCAGACUUACUGGGCUCAGACCUUCGUCUGUACGAUCAUAAUCCCUUGGGGUAUGGACAUGUCCUUCCCAGCAGCAACCCUGAUUCUAUCCAAUUCGGUAAGCAAAGAACAUCAAGGCAUUGCGGCAAGUCUGGUCAACACCAUUGUCAACUACAGCAUCUCCUUGGGCUUGGGAUUUGCUGGCACAGUUGAGGUGCACGUUAACAACGGCGGCCGAACACCGCAAGAUAUUCUGCAUGGUUAUCGUGGAGCAUGGUACCUAGGGACGGGCCUCGCUGGUCUUGGAAUGGUCAUAAGCGCCGUUUUCCUUGCGAGAGCAUACUGGAAGGAUCGCAAUGGUGUUCGUUCAGGAUAG